CCGCCCGGAGGAGCCGGAGCCGCGAGAAGAUGGCAGAGGCGUCGCCGCCCGCGCCCCCGUCACCACUGGACGUGGAGCUGGACCCGGAGUUCGAGCCCCAGAGCCGGCCGCGCUCCUGCACUUGGCCGCUGCAGAGGCCCGAGCUGCAAGGCAGCCCGGCCAAGCCCGCGGGGGAGGCGGCCGCCGACGCCGCCUCAGGGCCGGGGGCCGCCGCCGCCUCCUCCUCGGCCCCGCGCAAGUGCUCGUCGCGGCGCAACGCGUGGGGCAACCUGUCGUACGCCGACCUGAUCACCCGCGCCAUCGAGAGCGCCCCGGACAAGCGCCUCACGCUCUCGCAGAUCUACGACUGGAUGGUGCGCUGCGUGCCCUACUUCAAGGAUAAGGGCGACAGCAACAGCUCGGCCGGCUGGAAGAAUUCAAUCCGGCAUAACCUAUCACUUCAUAGUCGAUUCAUCAGAGUGCAGAAUGAAGGAACCGGGAAAAGCUCUUGGUGGAUGAUCAACCCAGAUGGUGGGAAAGGAGGCAAGGCCCCAAGGAGACGUGCUGUUUCCAUGGACAAUAGCAACAAGUACACUAAGAGCAGGGGGCGGGCCGCUAAGAAGAAGGCAACUCAACAAGCCGCACAAGAAGUGAGUGAUGACAGCCCUUCUCAGCUUUCCAAGUGGCCAGGGAGCCCAACAUCCCGUAGCAGUGAUGAGUUGGAUGCCUGGACAGAUUUCCGAUCUCGUACAAAUUCAAAUGCUAGUACGAUAAGUGGCCGCUUGUCACCCAUAUUGGCAAGUACUGAACUGGAUGAUGUUCAGGAUGAUGACGCUCCACUUUCCCCAAUGCUGUACAGUAGUCCAUCGAGCUUGUCCCCAUCAGUAAAUAAGCCGUGUACUGUUGAGUUGCCUCGGCUAACCGAUAUGGCAGGCACAAUGAACUUAAACGAUGGACUGACAGAUAAUCUCAUGGAUGAUCUUCUGGACAAUAUAACGCUCCCCUCUUCCCAGCAGUCACCUUCUGGGGGGCUGAUGCAAAGAAGCUCCAGUUUUCCAUAUGGCUCCAAAGGUUCGGGUCUUGGUUCUCCAUCCAGUAGUUUCAACAAUGCUGUGUUUGGACCAUCCUCUCUGAAUUCCCUCCGCCAGUCUCCCAUGCAAACUAUACAAGAGAACAAGCAAGCUACCUUUUCCUCCAUUUCUCAUUACAACAACCAGACACUUCAGGACCUGCUGGCAUCUGAUUCACCUAGUCACAGUGAUGUCAUGAUGACGCAGUCAGAUCCGCUCAUGUCACAAGCCAGUACUGCUGUGUCUGCCCAAAGCUCACGCAGGAAUAUAAUGCUUCGUAAUGACCCAAUGAUGUCAUUUGCUGCUCAGUCCAGCCAGGGAAGUUUGGUCAAUCAGAACCUGCUCCACCACCAGCAUCCAUCUCCAAAUUCUCCUCUUAGUGGCAGUCGUGCCUUGUCGAAUUCAGUCAGUAACAUGGGCUUAAAUGACACGAACAGCUUGGGGUCAGCCAAACACCAGCAGCAGUCACCUGUCAAUCAGUCUAUGCAAACACUUUCUGAUUCACUCUCAGGCUCUUCUUUGUAUUCUGCUGGUGUGAACCUUCCAGUCAUGGGACAUGAUAAAUUCCCAAGUGAUUUGGACCUGGAUAUUUUCAAUGGGAGCUUGGAAUGUGACAUGGACUCCAUUAUCCGCAGUGAGCUCAUGGAUGCAGACGGGUUGGAUUUUAAUUUUGAUUCCCUCAUCUCAGCUCAGAACGUUGUCACUCUAAAUGUGGGGAACUUCACUGGUGCUAAACAGGCUUCAUCACAGAGUUGGGUGCCUGGCUGAAGGACUGCUGGGAACAGAGGAAAUGGGCAAAGCAGGCCCUUAAACUGACACGAGACAUAAAGAGAGAACCCUUUGCCAAAUCUGCUGUCAGCAAGUGGACAGUACUGUUUACAGCUUAUGACCUUUGUGAACCCUGCAUAAUUUUCCUAAUGAAGCUGAGACUGUUAAUGGGCCCCUUACCCGAGUGAAGAUCCUGCCGUUUUGGAACUGAACUCAUUCUGAAGUAUGCAAAAUCUUCUUUUUCUGGGAUGGUCAAGCACCUAUUGUGGAGACCGUGUUGAGCACCAUCCUGUCAAGAACACACUGUAUAGCCUUUACAGUAGUUAUUUGUCAUUGAGUCUGUGGUGUUUCAAUAUAUUAAUGGUUUAUGGGAUGUUUUAAGUUGGCGUUUAUUUUCAGGGGGUUUCCCCAUCUGCCCCCAUAACCUCCAAUUUGUUUAUUUUUAUUUAGAUGUUUAAAUCAUUUUCUUUUUCUCUCCUUGGUGAAUCAAAGAUACAGCAGAUGCACAAUGAAAGUCCAUGCUAAUUACCAUCACUUAACAUUGCUUCCAACACCAACAGGUCCUGAGUGUGCAUCUUUUGCUACACCAAUCAAGAGUGAAUGAACUCCAGAGAGAGGUGAUUUGUGUGUGGUUUUUCUUGUUUGUUUGUUGAUUUUUUUCCCCUCAAAUCUUUUAUUAAAUAUAAAUGGUACACAUCUGUUUUUCAUAAGCUUCAAACCAGGGUUGAUUAUAAAACAAGGGAAACUAUUAAGGUUGAAUCCUGUCCAGUACAUCCUGAGCUAGGAUGCUUUCCAUAGCGUUUACAGAUUCAGCACCUGAUUUGCUGUAAAACAGAUGAGUCUCACCUAUUGCUUUAUGUUAACACCACUGCCCUGAUGGCUGCAGUGAACAGAGUUGGGCUAUCUCAGCAGUUUGGAACAAGGUAUAAGCUGAGUUGCCCACCCCUUGCCAAGCAAGUUGACCAUAACUGGUGAGGAUCUGGUUUAAAAAAGAAAAACAGAGGAAAUGAUAAUGUACUAUGGUGCAGAAAAGAUACGCUCACAGUGCACACAUCAGCAGUGACUUGUAGCAGAAACCUCAGAAGUUCAAACACAAAUCAAUGCAGGGUUAGCAUAUUGCAUCAGUGAUUUUUCUUACAAACAUAUCCUUGAUUAUUUUUUUCCUUCUCACUAUGCGUAAUCCAAUCUGUAAGAAGAAGCACGGAGAGGGAAAGGCAAGGAAGCAAUAUCAUACAAAUGGCUUUUCAUGUAGGUGUAGAUUGUAAUUGGAUAAAUGACACUGAAAGACGAGGCAGUUUUAUAUAUUUUGCUUAUAUGGGUUUCUUUUGUAAAAUAAAUAAUAAUGAAUGAAUAAUAAUGAAUAAAAGGUAUGGUGCUGUAUAGAUCCUCUCUAUAAUCUGGAAAUUUUGAUUACUUUUUAUUAGUAUAUUUUGGCGGGGGGGAGGAAUAAAGGGGAGAAAACACCAAUGGUACAUAAGAACUUGCUAUGAAAAAGCUCUGAAUAGGACAGUGUAUACAUAAUUCUCCAAAGUGAUAUAUGAAGUUUUUUUUUUCUUUGCAUAAAAGCAUUAUGCAUAUAAAUAUAUAAAUAUAUUUUAUUAUGUACAGAAACAGAUCAUUAUGCAUGAAUGUUAGGAAGACAAGCUAGCAUUUUAACCCAAAGUUUCAGUGCAUGAGUUCCCACUGACAUAUGUACCAUGCAAUGUGGAGUGACUCCUUUUGGCCACCAUGCACACACACCUACACACAAGUGCACGCACAGAGACUCUUGCACCUGUACCCAUUUGUGGGCCCCAUCUUGCUCCUUACUUUUCAGUUUCCUGAGGUAAUACCGGUGAUAUAACAGCUCCUAGUGUGAUGGAAGUUUUGUUUUGUAUUGUAACCUCCUCAGGCUUGUGCUGUUCUAUUUUCUAGAUGAACCUGUUGAUUUCAUCAUGCAGUUUACUGCCUAUGUAAACUCUGUGCAGUUGUGGUUAUAGUAGACCCCUAGCAUAUCAACUCUUCCAAGCAGCUGAGAGUUUAUCAGUAAAAACAGCAAACCUUUCUUUUUUUAAUUAAGGUGGUGUAUUUGUUAAUGGCAGAUUCUAGUUUAGGGAAUUUUCUUCAUCAGAAUUAACUAAUGAAUAAUAUUGGUGUCUCCCCUUGAGAAGAUACUUCUUGUAGCCAGUUCCCCAGGUUGAUAGUGUUGUCCUACAGUUAUCUGUUUUAGGGGUCUGUUUCUCUUAAGAGUUCAGCUGUAGGUAUCUUUUACCAAAGUUAGUAUAGAGCUUCAUGACAGUUGUUCAUUGCACGCGGUGUGUGUAAUGUUAUCUGCCAAGUUUUUAGGUACAUCGUUAAAUGUGAGUUAGGCUGAGGGUAUUUUUCCCAUUUUUUUGGUCCUCUAUCACAUUGCUCUUGCGGCCUGGAGGAAUUCUUUUCUUCAAGCCACUCCACAGCUGCUAGUUCAGCACUUGGGCCACACUUAGCCUUUGCACUGCCUCUAUGUCCUGUCUGCAGUGAGGAAUGGCUGGCUUCAUUUCCUGGAUCCCUGCUGUACAGUCACAGAUUGCAAGUGUACUCUACACAUUCAGAUGUUCACCCCUGCACCCCCCUUCCAUGUUUUGAAGGAGAGAGGGACUGAAGUUGGUGAGCAAAAAUUGGUUCCAGAUUUACAGUUGUACACAAUCCUGCAAUCUUUAUUCAGUAGAAGUCUCCCCUAAAAGCCAAUGGAGUUAUCUGCAUAGAUAUGGCAGAAUUGAGUCAUGACUCCUUACUGACAACAGAGAACAAGUUGUGUUCAGUGUUAGGCCUGAGGGGACACAAACUAGCGGCUUUAAGUUUUUAUAGGUAUGGAAGCUAGUCUUCUCGAAAGGAAGGGAAGGAGUUUGUUUGAAAAGACCAGGCCAAAUUCUGCUGUGUUAAAGCAAUCAGAACGCAGAAUAACUCCACUGAAAUAAGUGGAGUUAAAUCUGGAUUUACAGUGGCAUAGAUGAGAGAAGAAAAUGUGAUCCUCUCUGUUUAGACCAUGAAGGAAGAGCAGUUGAUUCAGAAGCAACCAAUCAAUGGGAGAGAAACUUAAAAAAAAAAAACCUUAUUUUUUUUUUUUUAAAUGAUGGGCUUGAUCCUACUCCUUCUGUCUCUGAUGGUGUCACUUUCCUUGGCCUGCGUAGUGUAGGUUGGGCCUCCUUUGUAGAGGAAGAGCCUGUACUUGCUGGGGAGAAGUGGACACUUAUUAGGAUUUUUCUGUCUCUGAUUUCAGUGGCCAAAAUUUUGAAACAUAAGUGCCUCAAGUCAAGCAACCAAGGCUGGGAUUUUAAAAGGAUCUGGAGGAGUUAUGUGCUCUACUCAUUGCUUUUCAGUGGGAGUAGUGUACCUAAUUCUUACUGCCCUGUUGGAAAAAUUUCAGCCUUUAAAUGUAGGUGCUUCCAGAGGUGCUGAAUAAUGAAAAUUCUUAUAGAAUUCAAAGAGCCACUGUCAGGUAUGGAUUCAAGUGACUAAUUUCACAAAACUGUAUUUUUGAAAAGUUUGGCCUUUGAUUCCAUGAAUGCUUUUAAGGAGUAAAAUUUUCCUCCUGUAAUCAUGUCCGACAGGUAGUCUCAGAAGAAAUAUAUAGGACAUUGUUUAAAUUCUUUGUUUAAAAAGUUCUGAACAAGUCAUGUCUAUGCAGUUUGGACAAUUGCAUGCAUCUGUUUUUAUUUAAUAUUCUUUGAGAAACGUUGUCGUAUUAAUAAUUGGUUAUUGGCCACUGCCUAACUCCAAAAAUAAUUGUAUGAGUGCUUUAAAAAGCAAAAUUUAGGAUCUGUAUUUCUUAAAAUAAUGGCAUUGCUUGGCAAUGAGUCACCUACAAUUGUUUUAGUACUUAGUGUACGUUAGGAAUGCCAACAGAAGUGAAGGGGGACCAGAUAUAUUUAGUUAAUAUGGGUUGGAAAACAGGAUUGUGCAUUUGGCUUAAUAUGUUAAAACUUUUUUUAAAAGUUGCAUGAUUGGAAAAAAUAUGUAUACAGUAUCUGUAAAACUGUUUGAUCUGUUUUUGUUUCAAUCCAUAUACAACUGGAAGAAUAUUAAAUUCACAGCCUUAUAGUGCAUGGCCGAAUACAAACUAAAGAACUGAACAGUAUCCAUUUUCAUUUGGACUAUGUUUUACUUUCAUUUGAAAGAAGACACUAUCAUGUUGCAUUCUUUCUAAGGUUUUUUUAUUAAUAAUAAUAAUAAUAAUAAUAAUAAUAAAUGCUGCCCUGGAUGAAUAUACUACCUUGCUACACAAAGAUUGGAAACAAGUUUGUUUUGGGAAUCUCCCCCUUUCCAAAUGAAGUAGAGAUGCAGUGCUUACUCCACUCAGUGUUCGUAGAUAUUGCCUUGUGUAUUCCAUUUUAAAUUGUAAUCUAGUUUGUAAAAGAGAUGGUGACGCAUGUAAAUAAAGCAUAAUGGAUCUCUAUA